AUGGCUCAGGAGAAAAUGGAGCUGGACGUGGAGAUCCCCAGCGAUGGCAGCCUGAGGAGGUCCAACAGUGCCCCCCAUAUUAACGGGCUCAGUGAUCACUCACAAGUGUUCCAGCACUAUGCAGCAAGGGCACGCAGAAACAGCACCACUGUGGUGAACCGCCAGAACCUGGUACCAUCUUCCUCCCCUGUGCGAAUACCAAGCAGCAGACUUCAUCAGCUGAAAAGGGAGGAAGGAGUGGAUCUGAUGAAUCGAGAGACCGCACGUGAACGGGAAGUGCAAACUGCAAUGCAAAUGAGCCUUUCCUGGGAGGAAAGCUUGAGCCUGAGUGAUAAUGAUUUUGACAAGCUUGAUAAACCUUCAUCUCCAAAACGUGUUGACUUUACUCCAGUGUCACCAGCCCCUUCACCUACAAGAGGCAUAGGAAAGCAAUGUUUCUCACCUUCUUUACAAAUGUGUCUGAGCAGUAAUGGCUUGCCUCCAAGCCCCAUACCUAGUCCCACAAGACGAUUUACCACCAGGAGGAGUCAGAGCCCAAUAAACUGCAUUCGCCCGAGUGCACUUGGUCCCAUAAAAAGAAAAGUUGAAAUGGAAAUCGAAAACCAACCAAAAAGGCUGUUUCAAGGAACUACAAACAUGCUGUCCCCUGACACGACUCAUCUAUCCGAUUACAGUUGCCUUUCCUCAGACCUUGAUAGCAGCAGCAGCAUUGGCUUCUCUGACUCAACGGCUAAAGAUGGUUGUGUGACUGACUCACCCGUGGCUUGUUCCAACUCCAGUUCUUCAUUCAUAUCAUUAGAUGAUCUUUCUCCAAAAUGA